UAUUACUAUUAUUUAUCUACCACUUUGAACAAAUGAUUUGCAAGAAAUGUUGGAUAAUGUGCGGGACUUACCGUGAGAGAAAGUACAUUCCUAUUCACGAAGUUUGUCAAAAGCUUAAACCCAACCAGAUGAAACAUUUACUGGCUUUCCAUGCAGUUACUGGGUGUGAUACCACAUCAAAGUUGGCAUCAGUAACUAAAACUGGCGCAUGGAAACAUUACACAGAAGAAAAUUCAGCACUCCUUAGUGGACUUGGAGCUACCUCUGACCUGGCCAGCGAUGUACUCGACAAUAUCGAGCAAUUCGUGGUGCAAGCUUUGUACAAGGUUGGGCCAGACAUUACAAUGUCAAAUGCAGCGCGCGUUUCUCUUUUUGGAGCUGUAAAGGUGCUGGAAUUCUUGCCGCCUACCAGUGACGCACUGCGCUUGCAUAUCCUUCGGUGCCACUAUCAGGUUUUUGUGUGGAAAAACUCCCACGUGGCCUUCCCCGAACUACCUGACCCUAAAAAUUGUGGGUGGAAGGUGGAAGGCGGGCGAUAUGUGCCUAUUCUCAUGACUCUGCCAUCUAUCCCAAAGUCAUGCCCGGAGUUUAGUGUUUGUGGCUGCAAAGGACUGUGUAACACAAAGCAGUGUGGGUGUAGGAAGGAGCCCUGGGUCCCUUGCACAAAACUGUGUAAGUGCAGAGCAAAGUGCUUGAAUGGGGCAGGUGACGAUGACGAUGAAUGACGAGUAUUAAUGUCAAUUGAAUUCAGAAAAUAAAAGUCCUUUAACACUUGUUUAAAAUAAUUUUGAGCAUUUAAACAUGCUCUAAAUCCCCUCAGACACAGCACAUAAUUUUCUACACAUUUCGAUAAAAAAAUGAUUUUUUUGGUUAAUA